GCUCAGCAGCUCUUAAGUAGUGAAAAAAGAAGCAGCUACUACAUGAAACAACCUCUCUCAAGACUUUAAAAAUCCUCAGAAAACAUCUCACAGGUGGGAGAAGGCUUGGUACAUUUCAGUGUCUGAAUUUUUGAGAUGGAAGAAACAACUUACCUGACCUAUCUGGAUAACUAUGCUUCCAGCCAAACCCCUGACUUUGAGGAUGACCAUUUGCAUGUCUUGUAUACUUCUAUCUUUCUUCCCAUCUUCUACACGGCUGUGUUCAUUGUUGGUGUUGUGGGGAACCUGAUCCUGAUUGGAGCUUUACAUUUCAAACGGGGAAGCCAAAGACUGAUUGAUAUAUUUAUCAUCAACCUUGCUAUCUCUGAUUUCAUUUUCCUUGUUACACUGCCACUGUGGGUGGAUAAAGAGGCAUCCUUAGGGAUAUGGAGGACUGGCUCAUUCCUGUGCAAAGGAAGCUCUUACAUCAUUUCAGUCAACAUGCACAGUAAUGUCUUCUUCUUGACCUGUAUGAGUGCUGAGCGUUACUUGGCCAUUAUGUGCCCCUCUGCAUCCAGAAAAUUCAGGAGGAAAGACUGCGCUUACGGUAUCUGUGUCAGUGUCUGGUUUAUCUCCUGCCUUCUGGGAUUGCCUACUCUUUUGUCCAGGGAUCUCACAAUAAUUGAGGAUAAACCCUAUUGUGCAGAGGAGCCAGCCACUCUCUCUAAAUAUGCUUGGGCCCUGGUGUGCUUAAUUUUCACUUUUUUUGUUCCUUUGCUGAGCAUCUUGACUUGCUAUUGUUCUAUUGCAAGGAAAUUGUGUGCAUACUAUCAGCAAUCGAGAAAACACAACAAAAAGCUGCAAAAGUCCAUCAAAAUUAUCUUCAUUGUAGUGGCAGCCUUUGUCAGCUUCUGGCUACCUUUCAAUAUCUUCAAGGUUUUAUCUAUCAUCUCUGGACUACAAGAAGAACCUUUCUUUUCCUCAACCAUCCUCCAAGUGGGCAUGGAGGUCAGUGGUCCUUUGGCAUUUUCCAACAGUUGCAUUAAUCCUUUUAUUUAUUAUUACUUCGAUGGGUAUAUACGGCGAGCUAUUAUCUGCUGUCUCUGUCCUUGUCUGAAGAAUUCCACCUUUGGUAGCAGCACUGAAACCUCAGACAGUCACCUGAAUAAAAUCUUUGGAAACUUCAUUCAUGGAGAGAAUUUUUCUAGAAGGAGAAGGCGUUCUGUGUCUUUGUAAAAGUAAGGGAGUGAAAUAUUUUUAGGAAGAUUUUUUUUUAAUGGGGGGUAAGGAAAGGGUGAUUAAAAUGAUUUAUCUGGAAAAAAAGAAGAAAGGAGAAAAUUCUGACAGCAUUUUACAAGUUUAAGGAUGAAGAAACACAAAGGUUUGGAUGCAGGGAAACCAUUGCAUAAGGGAGAAAAAGAUAUGGAUGUGAUUGUAUCAAUUGUCAUUUAUUCAAGUGACCUAUUUUCUUGUUGACCUUUGUUGAUUAAGUGCAUAACUUAGGAAGACUUUGUUGUUCUUGGACUCUUGAGCAAUGGGUCCCCCUUGAUACGAUCCCUUAGUGUUUUGUAAUAUACCUUCAGCCUCUUUUUCUUUACAAAGAAUUAUCUCACCUCUUUGGAUAUUGUACUCCUACUGGAAAUACACUUUGAGAAAAUGAACAUGUUUCAGCUACUAAUAAAUAUAGUCACAAUGUCUGGAGUUAACGUUAUAUAGUACCUGUUCUCAAUUUUUUCUGAAAUCCAAAUCAAAAGUUCUUACUCUAAUACUAUUGGCUUCUUUUUGUCCUUAGUUCUUUCUCUAAGGUCAUAAAGUGGGAGGGAAUCCAGGGAGGAUGAAAUCAGGUUAAACUGAAAAGGGAGGGGUGUGGUAAAAAAAGUAUAACAGAGAAAAAUAUUUUUUUAACCUUUCUAACUACUGACAGUCCACCCUCUCCUAGGAAGCAACUUACUAUCCUCUAGUCAAGCUGGAGUCUAUAAGUAUUUGGUUCAAAAAAGCAAACAUAAGUCAUGUUAGAAAGAUAUCUGGCUUCUGAUCAGAGAAAUUGAUAGAAGGGUAUUUUCAUGAUGAUAUUUUAAAUAAAUGUUUUUAAUGGUGUUUUGUGGUGUGUGUCAUGC